GUUAUAGUAACAAGCGUCAGGAGUUUAGCACCGGUGAACAGUGGAGCUAACAGUUAAUAAUUACACUAAGAGCACUCACGUAACACAACCAGCUGCAUUAAGACGAUUGGAGAUGAGAGCUGUCAUGCCCACACUGAGCUGACACACACACAGACGAAGAUGCCAGACGCUAGAGAGCAGAAGGACGAAUCCAAGUCAUCGUCUGAAGAUGAGCUGGAGAAAUGUAUCGCCUGGAGUGGUGCCAGUAAACGCAUUCCUGUGCUGCUAUUUUGUGCUGAAGCCAUUGUGUCCAAAGAUGUGGCCAUCCGCUCUGUUGGAGAAAAAUAUAACUUGGCCUUCAAGAUUGUGCGAACAGAAAGUCGUCUUGUGCGUGGCAUACUGGUCAACCAUGGAUUCCACGAGGUGCACCCAAACAGCAAUGAUUUUAACCUGAUGUGGACGGGCUCACACCUGAAGCCUUACCUUUUGCGCUCUCUGCAGGAUUUCCAGAAAGUCAACCAUUUUCCCAGGUCGUACGAGCUCACGCGGAAAGACCGGCUCUACAAAAACAUCCAGAGGAUGCAGCAAAGCCACGGCUUUCACAACUUCAGCAUCGUACCACAGACUUUUGUGCUGCCCGCAGAGUACCAGGAAUUCAGCAGCUCCUUCAGCAAAGACAAGGGCCCGUGGAUCAUCAAACCAGUGGCGUCCUCCAGGGGUCGAGGCAUCUACCUGGUCAGCAAUAUCAGUCAGAUCCCAUUGGAUGAGAAUAUUUUGGUGUCGCGGUACAUCAGCAAUCCUCUACUGAUUGACGAUUUUAAGUUUGACGUGCGUCUGUAUGUCCUGGUGACCUCGUACGACCCUCUCGUCAUCUACCUGUAUGAAGAAGGCCUGGCCAGGUUUGCCACGGUGAAGUAUGACCACGCCACCACAAAUAUCAAGAACCAGUUCAUGCAUCUGACCAACUACAGCGUCAACAAGAAGAGCAGCGACUACGUCAGCUGCGAUGACCCCGAAGUAGAGGAUUAUGGGAACAAAUGGAGCAUGAGCGCAAUGCUGAGAUAUUUGAGACAAGAAGGCAAAGACACCACAUUGCUGAUGGGCCAGAUUGAGGAUCUGAUCAUUAAAGCUGUUCUGAGUGCUGAGAUUCACAUCGCCACGUCCUGCAAGAUGUUUGUUCCUCAUCGGUGCAACUGUUUCGAACUGUAUGGUUUCGACGUUCUCAUUGAUUCCAACCUCAAACCGUGGCUCUUGGAAGUGAACCUCUCACCCUCUUUGGCAUGCGACGCUCCUCUUGAUUUGAAGGUGAAGGCCAGCAUGAUCUCCGACAUGUUUUCUCUCGUGGGUUUUGUGUGUCAGGAUCCUUUAUUACGACAACCACGCGGCGACAGAGCUGGCUUUGAUACAAGACUGAAGAAUUCCACCCAGAAGCAACAGCGUCAGAGGCCGGCGUCCGGCAGCAGUGCUGACCCACAGACUCAGAGGGAGAAGCACGGCUGUAAACACACAGACGACACGCUGAGUCUGACAGCAGAAGAGAUAAAGGUGCUGAGGAGGGUGCAGGAGGAGUAUGAGCGCAGGGGGGGAUUCAUACGCAUCUUUCCCACUCCAGACACCUGGGAGAUUUACAGUGGUUAUCUGGAGUACAAGACGUCUAUGAAUGCCAUGCUGGCUAAUAAACUUUUCCAUACAAGAUCCCUGACGUCCCGCUCGAGGAUCCAGGUGAAUGAUAGUAUUUCUCUGGUGCUCGGGGCCUUUUACACACAUCAUGUGGUCCAGUAUGAAAGAAAGCUGCUUACACUCGAGGCACGAAAGAAGAGGCGGAAACCUGCACGAGUUUCCAGAAGAAGACCACCGACAGGUGUCAAGCGCUCUCCUUCGCCUCACACCAGUGAGAAUGAGGAUGGGGUGGAGGGACAGAUGGAGGUCCAGUCAUCUGACCAGCACCCACACACUGACCAGCACUCGCAACCCAGAGUCAAUCUGCUCCACAUCCUCCAGCAGGGGUGGGACCUCAGUAAAGUUCAAGCCCGCAUGGCCUUCUCCUCGUACCUGCACCGCGUUCAGCUGCGUCUGCUGGCUGAGAGCAGAGCGAACAGAAGCCCGGCCUGGACACAGAAGGAGCACGAUCAGAUGGAGCUGGUUGUGCGUUUUCUGAAGCGAGCGAGCAGUAAUCUGCAUCAGGGCAUGAGUGUGAAGGAGCCCAGUCUUCAUCUGUGUCUGCAGGAGCGCCAACAUAUCCUCUCACAGCAGCUCGAAAGCUUUAUCCAGCUCUACGACCAGGAAACCAAGCAAAUGGUGGAGAGUUUGGAGAAAAUCGCAGAUGAAGAUCGCUGCAUCAACUCCACUGUUUUCCAGGAGUUCAUUCUGGAGGCCAGCGAAAGCGACCUGGAGGAAGUGCUGACCUUCUACACGCAGAAGAACAAGUCGGCCAGUGUGUUUCUGGGCACAAAGUGUCACCGAGUCAAGAAGAGCAGCGAGGAGAAGCCAGAGACUGCACGUGUUAACAGAGGCACAUCUGGAGGUGUGGAGAAUACAGCCACAAACAGCAAAACCCAAAACGCAGACAGUAAAACAGCAACUCCAGCAGGAGACCAGCGCCAAAAUCAUCCAGCCAGCACUGAAAACUGUGCUGCAGCUAAAAAUACCGGCAAAAUCAAGUGCAUCUCGUUGCGAAAUCCCACCCAAAGUGGAGACUGCAGCGGGAAUGAAGUGCCAGCCAUUGAGACAGAAGACAUAACCACUGAAAUAAAACCUGCUGUCAGAAACAAGAAAGCGCAGCUAAAAACAGCAUACAGCGCAGCUCUGGAGUGUGAACACAUCAUUUUACAGCACGCCGUCCCUCCAGAACCGCCACCGUACCUCCAGCCACCUCCACACCCGCUGGCCAACACCAGCACGUGGGCUUCUGCUAAACACACCCCUCCAUUCAUCUCCAUCCAGAGACCCUCACGGCCGUCGUCUGCAGGACACGUGACUCACAGCUCCAGCGGCAGUAAGUUGAGGCCUGGGUCAGCCGGUGUUGUCAAGGAGACGGACUCUCUGACGACCCAGGCUCAGUCCAACCAGCAGGCCAUCGUGUCUGCUCUGAGGAAACUGGUGGAGAAGCAGACGGCGCGUCAGUACAGCACAUCCAGCCACAUCAGCCUGCUCACACAACACCUGACUAAUCUAAAUCUGGCCAAUGGGCUCUUCAGCAGAGGCGGACUCACGUUGGCUCCCGGGGUUCCACAUGAACCUGUGAGAACGGUUCAUAAAGACGCCACCGUCGGGAACUCUGGUUUCAGGGCUGCGUGUGAAGCCGAGUCAGUGUGUGAUGGUGUUUCGGGCAGUCAGAAGCAGCGGUCGGCAGCGAGCAGCUAUCAGCUUCAGUUCGCCAUCCAGCAGCUUCAGCAGCAGAAACUCAGAUCCAGACAGUUGCUGGACCAGAGCCGCACACGCCAUCAGGCUGUUCUGGCGUCACACACACACACACCAGCAGCUUCAACUCGACCUGCGGCUCCCAGCAGUCCUGUGAAACAGCCCUUCAUUCGAACCCUAAACCAGACGAGUGGGAUCCUGACGCCCAAACCCCCCAGCAGCACCCCGAGAGACGGACGCACACGCAAGACCCUCACACACUCCACAGCACACAGGACAGCUUUAUCUGAGACUCCAGCAGCUCACACGACCACCAGUGGACAACAUGUGGUGUAUGAGACAGUGUGCGCAAAGACAGGUCUGUCGGUGUACAGUAAACUCUUCCACACUCAGGGCUCCAGGAACAGAUGAAUGACCAUCAGCUGCUCUCUGGGAUACGUUUACACUCACGAACCCCCCCGUCAGAAACUCACAGCCUCUUCAAACUUGACUACAUGACUACACUCCCUCAUGUUUCAGCCUUAUGUGUGUGUUUUGCUUUUCUUUGUUUUUCUGACUGUGUGUCUCUGGAUCUGAAGGCUUUCUGUCCCACGGGUGAUUUUCAGCCCAUGCGAAAGAGCGCAGACUGAUGUCUCACAAGAGCGAGCACGCCAACGGCAGAGUUUUACCACGUUUACAUGAGUUCAGAAGCUUUCCACCUGCGCAAGUGCCUCAGUCAACCACUGGAUACAACAAUCACCAGGUAAAGCUGAUGAGGGAUGGAAAACAUCACAUGGAGAAGAAGAAAAAGGAGACGCUUGGAGUAAUUCUGGUUUGUUUCUAACGUAAACAUCCUUAACUCAAGAUCAGUUCAGCUUCUGAUGAUGUUCGUUAUUUUUAGGGGUGUUAAAUGGGUCUGAAAAUGGGACAGUUUACCUGAAAAUACGAUUCUGUCAUCAUUUACUCAACCUAUACUGUAUUGAGGUUGGGUUUUUCGGUUGAACACAAAAGAAGAUAUUUUGAAGAAUGUUGGAAACCUGUAACCAUUCAUUUGCAUUGUAGUCAAAACAAAUAGUACGAAAGUUAAAGGUCUCCAGCUUUCUUUGAAAUACUUUCAUGUUCAACAGAAUAAAGAAACUCAAAGGUUUGGAAUGAUUAAAGAUGAGAAAAUGAUGACAUAUUUGAUUUAGGGGUGAACUAUCCCUUUAAUUCUGAAGCAAAUAAAUUUUAAGUAUUAAGUAAUUUAAGGAGAUAGUUCACCCAUGAAUAUGAUUAUGUCAUCAUUUACUCAACCUAUACUGUAUUGAGUUCGUUUUUCUGCUGUUGAACAAAAAAGCAGAUACUUUGAAGAAUGUUGGAGACUGGUAACCGUUGUUUUAAGCAUUAAAUCACUUAAAGCGAUAGUUCAUCAUUUCACCAGCCUAUACUAUAUUGAGUUUCUUUUUGCUUCUGUUGAACACAGUAGAUAUUUUGAAGAAUGUUGGAAACCUGUAACCAUUGAUUUUCUUUGUAGUCAAAACAAAUAGUAUGAAAGUUAAAGGUCUCCAGCUUUCUGUGAAAUAUCUUCUUUCAUGUUCAACAGAAGAAAGAAAAUCAUAAAGGUUUGGAAUGAUUAAAGAUAAGAAAAUGAUGAGCUAUUUGAUUUUGGGGUGAACUAUCCCUUUAAUUCUGAAGCAAAACCAUUGGUUGUUUUAAGCAUGAAAUCACUUAAAGGGACAGUUCACCCAAAAAUCAUUUCUUCAGCUUACACUGUAUUGAGUUGUUUUCUUCGUCUGCUGAACACAAAAGAAGAUAUCUCGAAGAAUGUUGGAGUUCUUUAACCAUUGACUUGCAUUGGUAAAAGAAACAGUAUGAAAGUUACAGGUUUUCAGCUUUCUUUAACAUAUUUUUUGUGUUAAACAGAAGAAAGAAGAGACUCUGAAAGGUUUAGAACAAGUAAAGGAGGAGUAAAUAAUGACAUUAUUUCAUUUUUGGCUGAACUAUCCCUUUAAUUCUAAAGCAAAGAAUAUAUAUUUUAGAUAUUAAAUCAUUUAAAGGGACAGUACACCCAAAAAUGACAGUUCUGUCAUCAUUUACUCAACCUAUACUGCAUUGAGUUUUUUAUUUUUAUCAAAAGUAGAUAUUUUGAAGAAUGUUGGAAAAGGAAAAACGGAUAAUGAAAGCUACAGAUCAUCAGCUUUCUUUAAAAUAUCUUCUUUUGUGUUCAACUGAAGAAAGAAAAUCUGAAAGGUUUGAAACAUGUAAUGCCUGAAAAAUCAUUUAGGGGUGAACUAUCCCUUUAACUCUAAAGCAAAUCAAUUUUAAGUAUUAAGUAAUUUAAGGAGAUAGUUCACCCAAGAAUGUGAUUCUGUCAUCAUUUACUCAACCUAUACUGUAUUGAGUUUGUCUUUCUGCUGUUGAACACAAAAGAAGAUACUUUGAAGAAUGUUGGAGACCUGUAACUGUUGAUUUCCGUUGUAGGAAAAACAAACAGUAUUAAAGUUAAAGGUUUCCAACUUAUCAACAUAUCUUCUUUUGUGUUUAAUAAAAGAAAGAAACGAGUAAAUAAUGACUGAAGAAAUGUUAUUUUGGGGGUGAACUAUCCCUUUAAUUCUAAAACAAAACACUUUCUGUUGUUUUAAGCAUUAAAUCACUUAAAGGGAUAGUUCAUCAUUUCCCCAGCUUAUACUAUAUUGAGUUUCUUUUUGCUUCUGUUGAACACAGUAGAUAUUUUGAAGAAUUUUGGAAACCUGUAACCAUUGAUAGGCAUUGAUUUAUAGGAAAAACAACUAGUGUUUAAGGUAACAAGUUUCCAGCUUUCUUUAACAUAUCUUCUUUUGUGUUCAACAGAUGAAAGAAACUGAAAGGGUUAGACCAGGGAUGGGCAAACUCGAUCCUCGAGGGCCGGUGUCUCUGCAGAGUUUAGCUCCAAAACUAAUCAAACACACCUGAACACCCUAAUUAGUGUCUUCAAGAUCACUAGAAAGCUACAAGCAGGUGUGUUUGAUUAGGGUUGGUGCAAAACUAUGCAGGGACACCGGCCCUCCAGGAUCGAGUUUGCCCAUCCCUGGGUUAGACUGAGUAAAGGAGGAGUAAAUGAUGACACAUUUGAUUUUUGGGUGAACUACCCCUUUAAUUCUUAAGCAAAACUGUUUAUCAAGUAUUAAGUCACAUUUUCAGUUCAUUUGCUGUCAUUUCCAGUCACAUUACCUCAGGUGAUGGAAGAUUUAGUUAGAUUUAGAAGAUUUUCAUCCAUCUUCAACUGAAAUAAAAGUCACCUACAUCUUAACUGAUGUGAGUAUAUCAACAGGACAUGUUCAUUUUAGGAUGAGCUAUUGUUUUAAUGUUAAGAAAACCAGACUUAAUAUCAUUUAUCAGUAAAUCAAUCUUGAUUUAAAAAUGUGUCGCUGUUUGGACGUUUAGAUUUUGUUCACCGCUCUCUUUAGCAUACAGUUGUGAACCCAUGUCCUGGUAAUACUUGAUGCAUCGAGAUCAAAAUGUGCUGAUGUUGAUGACGAGCGUUCGGUUUGACUUUUGUUUACAAAUGGCCAAAAUGAUUUGACGACAGGACAAGCAGCACAUUUUUUGAAUAAGUUUCAUUUUAUUAUGCAAAAUGACCUUAUGCAACAGGAGUCAACGUUUGUUUUAGAGUGGUCAUAAUACUGGAAUUUAGUACCAAUCGAUACCGCCAUUUUAAAAAUCUCCAUUUCCCGCAAACAUUUCAGCACGUUCAUAAACAGCGCUGAUUUGCCAUUGCGUUCACAUGCUCAACAGAAAUGACUGUGAUUAGGUCAUCAGUUCACCGAACUCACCACUGUUUACUGAGUGUAACCACAGAUACUGGGACACUGGAGCGUUUCAAAGUCACGUCGAUCAGCUGGUUUGUCUAUAAGCUGACAUACGAGCGAUCCGCUGAUGAAUCGCGGCUUUAAAACGCUCCAGUGUCCCUCUAUCUGUGUUACACUCAGUAAACAGUGGUGAGUUCGGUGAACUGAUGACCUAAUCACAGUCAUUUCUGUUGAGCACGUGAACACAAUGGUAAAUCAGCGCAGUUUAAGAACAAGCUCAACAGCGCUUAAAUGUUCGCAGGAAGUGGACACUUAAUAUUUAGGUACCGACUGCUGCUGAAUUCUAGUAUCAUGACAACACUAGUGUGUACAGUGUAUUUUCUCUCCUGAAUUUACUUGAAUGUCCUCUUAUGCAUGACCAAAUGUGAGCAAUGAAACUGCAUUGACCAUUGAAGACGUGACCGUUUAUGUAAUGUUAAUGUACUUUUUAACAUUUCGUCGUCUCAGUAAACUGAAAAUGCCAACUAC